AUGACAAAAAUAAAGAUAUUUCAAAGACUUAAAUAUCUUUUCAAACUGAAUCGAAAAUUCACUUAUUUCAUUAUUUUAACCCUUAAUAUCUUUGGAAUAUAUUACUUAUUCUAUAGUUCAAUAUCAUCAAUUACAACCACCACUUUCUCCAUCUUAGGUUUCCCUCCUAAUUCUUUAACUUCAUCCAUUUAUAAUUCAAAUAAUUUAAAUUUAGCUUAUUUUGGAGCUGAUUUCGCUCCUGCUCUUUUAAAUUCAAAAAUUUCCGAUAUAGAAGUUCAAAAAUGUUUUAUGGAUAAACAUUGUUCAAUCCCAAAGGGGUAUAAACGUCUUUUACCUCCCAUCAAUUAUCAUGAUCGAUCAACCGCUUCCGAAUUGAAAUCAACUACCAUGUCAAAUGAAUAUAUCUUAGUGAAAGUAGUACCAUUAACAGAAAAGAAUUCACGAGCUUUAGUAGAAGUAUCAUUUUCCCCAUUUAAUGUUGAAGUUGGAAAUGAUUAUGAAGUUAAAGUAGUCCCUAUGAAUGAUGGUAAAUAUGUUUUAUAUACCAAAUAUUUUAAAACUGAAAAUAUUCCUUCUGAUUUACCGUUAGUUUUGAAUAUUGAUUUAUUAUUUGGAACUCAUGAUAUGAAUGAUCCAAGACCUCAUUAUUAUUCAAUCCAUCCUCCAAAUGAUAAUCAACUGUUUAAAAGUAAAAGAGCUGACAUUAAUGAUCUUGAGGUUGAUCAACCAGUUGCUCCUGCUGCUCCUGCUGCUCCUGCUGCUCCUGCUGCUGCUGCCGCACCUGCUGCUGCUGCCGCACCUGCUGAACCUCAGAAGAAUGUUGUGGUUAAACCUGGUAUUUUAGGUGCUCCCGAACCACAAGGUGAAGUUAAAGCUGCUGUUCAACCUCAAGGUGAAGUCAAGGCUGCUGUUGAACCUCAAAAUCCUCCAGCCGGUCAUGCCCCUGCUCCUGCUGCAGCAGCUGCUAAUCAAAACGAUGACGUGGCUGCUGCUGUUGAACCAGCUGCUGCUGCUGCUCCUGCUCCUGCUAUCAAACAUGCCAAGCCUCAACCAGGUCAACCUAAAGCUGCUGCUGUUGUUCCUGCUGCCGCUGUUGCUGGAGACCAACAAGAUGAUGAUGGAGAACUUAAAUUCGUUGAUCCGCCAAAGUUACCAGAAGUUCCAAAAGCCCCAGAAGCUCCAAAGGCUGCAGCCGCUGCUGAUGCUGCUGGUAAUCAACCUGAAGGUGCUAAAGAAGCAGAAGCCCCAAAACCACCUGCUGCUCCUGCACCUGCUAAAGAAGAUGCUCCCAAUCCUCCUGUUGCAGCUAAACAACCAGAAGCCGCAAAAGUACCAGAAGCUGCAAAAGUACCAGAAGCUGCAAAGGCUCCAGAAGCUGCAAAGGCUCCAGAAGCUGCAAAGGCUCCAGAAGCUGCAAAGGCUCCAGAAGCUCCAAAAUCUCCAGAAGCUCCAAAAUCUCCAGAAGCUCCUAAACAACCGGAACCACCAGUUGAAGAAAAGGGUGAUGGCAACCCACCACCGCCAGCUACUGAAGAAACUAAACAAGAAGAAGAUGAUGAUGAAGCUAAAUUCUUUGGAUUUUUCGGAUCAAGUGGAAAACCUCAAACAGAUGCUAAACCAGCUAUUGAAGCUUUACAUCCUAUAAUUUCAUUAUUUAAAUUAUCAGUGAAUCAACAUCAACAUUUCCUUAAUGAUUUCAAACAAUUGGCUUAUCAACAACAAAAUCAAGUUGUUUAUACUCAAGAUUCUAAAUUUAAAAUCUUACAAUUAUCCGAUUUACAUUUUGGUCAAACUUCAGGAAGAUUAAAGUGUUUAGAUUGUGAACCCCCUGUUUUAUCAAGUGAUUAUAAAACUUUAAAUUUUAUUGAAAAUUCAAUUCAACAAGAAAAUCCGCAAUUUAUAGUUAUUACUGGUGAUUUAAUUGAUUUAAGUCGAAGUUUAGAUUAUAAAUCGAUUAUUUUGAAAUCUUUACAACCGAUUAUACUGAAAAAUAUUAAAUUCGUAUAUACUUUUGGGGAUGAAUUUGAAGAUAAAACGGAUAAGAAAGAAAUUAAAGAAAUUAAAAAUUCAAUUGUGACGUUUUUAAGUUCAAUUCCAACUUGUUAUAAUAUAUUAGUUAAUCAAGAUUUACAUGGGGUAACGAAUUAUAAUAUUAAAGUUAUGAGAGAUGAAAAAGAAGUGGGAUUCAUGACAACUUUAGAUUCUGAAAAACAAAUCAUUAAAGAUAAUCAAAUUAAUUAUCUUUAUAGAAUAAAUCAAAAUUCAAUUAAAGAUAGUCGAAUUUUUAAAUUAUUAUUUUUCCAUUAUCCAAUUCCUCAAUUUAGACCCCCAGGUAAAUUUAAAAUCAUUGGUGAAUAUAAUGAAAAACAUCCAUUAGAUUCUAAAACCAAUGUGAAAUUCCAUAAUGAUAUAGUUAAUUGUGGAUAUAAUGUGGUCUCAGUAGGUCAUGAACAUGAAAAUGAUGCUUGUAUUCAAAGUGAUUUGAAUGAUAAGGAUGUUUGGUUAUGUUAUAAUGCUAUCACGGGAGAUUCUGGACUUACUAAUAUAAAUGCAGAUUAUGAUCGUAAAUUAAGAGUAUUUGAAAUGGAUUUUGAUUUAGUAAGAUUAUUAAGUUGGAAGAGAAGUGAACGUGAAAACAAGGCGUUUGAUCAUCAAUUGAUUCAUCAAUUUUAG